CCCAUCCUCUCCCGUAAGAAGGCCCCAAACAUGGGAUCAUCGUGAAAAGAACUUCUCCUUUGCGCCAAGACACUGGCCAGUGCACCAUCAGACAUCUUAUUUGACAUCCAGGUCUUGACUGGUAAGGUCAGAGAUGCCGACAAUCAUAGCGUGCCUCUUGACGGUGUUCUUCAUCUUCGGCACUACGUCAUCAGCAAAGAAGAACCUCAUAGUUGACACAGACCUGUUCAGCGAUUGCGAUGAUGCUGCGGCUCUCCUUCUCGCCGCCACGUCUCCAGAAGUCAAUCUUCUAGGAGUCAACAUCAACUCCCAAUCCUCAUAUUCAGUACUAGCAGCAUCGGCCAUCCUCAACCACUACGGCCACGCUCGAGUCCCCGUCGGUGCCCGGCGCCCUCUAAAUGAUGUCCCGUUCUUCGACAAAUGGGCCAGCCGGGCCGGCGAAUUUGCAAGCAAGCUAGCAACGCACUGGUUCAAAAGCAUCUCCGACGCCGAGGAAGCCUGGGAACCCGUCGACCUCUACCGCAAGCUCCUUUCCGAGGCAGAAAACGACUCCGUCACCAUAGCCUCCAUCGGCUUCCUACACAACCUCUCCGAACUCCUCAACUCCACUGCGGAUGUCUGGUCUCCGUUGUCUGGCACCGAGUUGGUGAAGGCCAAGGUGAAGGAGCUCGUCGUUAUGGGCGGGAACUACCCAAACGGAUUUGAAUUCAACUUUUGGGGCGACGAUCCCUUUGAGACGGCGCAUGCAAUUCAUAACUGGACAAGUCCCAUUGUCUACGCCGGUUUCAAGCUUGGGGCCUCAGUUCGCUCAGGCGGCCCUCUCAUGGCUGACGGACCCAAGACUGACCCAGUACGGGCGGCUUAUAUACUUUACACGUAUUAUCAGCCUCAGUGGUCUUACGAUCCAAUUGCAAUGCUCUACGCUGUGGGUGGCCUUGGAGAUUUCUUCAAUUUUGGUAACGAGUACGGGUACAACAGAAUCACCUUGUACGGAGAAGAUAAGUGCAAUGGUUGCAAUGUUUGGGUGUAUGACAAGAACGUCACCAAUCAGCACUGGCUUGAUGUUACAGUCACUUAUGAAAAGCUCAGAGACGAGUUGGAUAGACGGUACCUGCAAGGAGCAUGGUCUUCUAAGAGAGCCUCAGACCACGUGGGAAUAUUACCCAAGCUUGGCGACUGCAGAGUCGAGCAAGCUUCGAGUCCACCACAGAAACUAGAGCUUUGACAGCCGGGGUCUCUGAAAGCAGUGAAAGAGACAGAGGCGGGAGAAUAAGACCAAGGCUUGUAGUGUUGAAAAGCAAUAGAAUAUCUGUUCUGAGUCAUCCACAGUUCAACUCUCUCGGUAAUUUCUAUUUUCGUUGCGAAAUAAAGGGAGGCGCCCUGGCUUUACCUGUUCCACGACUUGGUUCAGGGUUUGGAGAGAUAAAUAUGCGCCUGGACCAACUGGAUCUGUAUGAUACGUUUAUAUGAAUUCUUCGAAUGUAGCCAAAUUCUCCACCCUGAAGAGGGCAUUUUAUGAACCACCAGAUUGAGAUAAGAAAAGAUGAGAAG